AUGGUGAAAUCGUACCUAAAAUUCGAGCACUCGAAUACCUUCGGGCUCGUCGCUUCGGCUUCUUCCAAUGCCAUUUGGGCCAAGGACGAGCAGACCGCUGCCGGGGCCACACGCCAGACCGGUGCCGGACGAGCCAUUGUCGGCGCAGGGGAACAAGUCUUGUGCUGGGAUGUCAAGAAGGGCGAGCUGCUCGGCAGAUGGCGCGAUGCAGCAUGCAAGGCUCAAGUGACAGUCGUCACGCAGAGCAAGACCGAUGAAGAUAUCUUCGCAGUCGGGUACGAAGAUGGCAGCAUUCGAAUCUGGGACUCGAGGACCGGCUCAAUCAUCAUCUCCUUUAACGGACACAAGUCCGCCGUUACCCAACUGGCCUUUGACAACGCAGGCGUGCGCCUCGCCAGUGGUGCGAGAGAUACGGAUAUUAUCUUAUGGGACUUGAUCGCGGAGGUUGGGCUGUUCAAAUUGCGCGGGCAUACAGACCAGAUCACUUCGCUUCAUUUCCUAUCUCCGUCGCCAGACCUUCUCAAUGCCGCCGGGAUGAGCGACCACUCGGGCUUCUUGUUGACCACCGGCAAAGACUCGCUUAUUAAGGUCUGGGAUCUAGCGUCACAGCACUGUAUCGAAACACAUGUGGCGCAAAACAAUGGCGAAUGCUGGAGCCUGGGUCUUUCGCCGGAUCAGGGUGGGUGUAUCACUGCUGGCAAUGACGGAGAGCUCAAGGUCUGGUCGAUUGAUGAGAGCGCCUUGAUUGAAAUCUCAAAGGAAAAAGUCGGAGCAGAGGGUCGCCGAAUUCUGACGGACAGAGGGACAUUCUACCGACACGGCAAGGACCGCACAACCGGCAUCCGAUUCCACCCUCGAUCAGACUACGUUGCCUUUCAUGGGUCUGAGAAAGCGGUCGAGAUCUGGCGCAUUCGGUCACAAACGGAGGUGCAAAAGAGCCUAGCUCGGAAACGGAAGAGGAGAAAGGAGAAGGAGGCUCAACAGCCCGAAGCUGAGCCCAAGGCCGACCACAAACCUGAAGAUGCCUCUUCGGCGCCCGUCACGGAGGUGUUCGUUUCCCACGUUAUCGUGCGGACUGGGGGCAAGAUUCGUUCCUUUGACUGGAUGACUACCAAGUCAAGUGGGCUCAACAUUCUGGCUGCCACGACGAACAACCAGCUUGAGUCGUACAGUAUAGUCGCGGCGAACAAGAAGAGCAAAGACAGUGACGACCUGGACUACAAUCGCAAUCUGGCCGUGGAUAUCCCCGGCCACCGAACAGACAUUCGCUCCAUCGCAUUGAGCUCCGACGACCGAAUGCUUGCGUCUGCAUCAAAUGGCGGUCUCAAAAUCUGGAAUGUUCGCACUGAGAGCUGUCUACGGACGUUGGAAUGCGGCUAUUCUCUCUGCUCGGCCUUUCUGCCGGGUGACAAGAUUGUGGUCGUUGGAAAUAAGAACGGAGAGCUCGAGGUGUUCGACAUUGCAUCCUCCACCCUGCUGGACACCAUCAAGGCCCACGACGGCCCUGUCUGGUCACUCCAUGUCCAUCCCGAUGGCAAGUCGAUGGUCAGCGGAAGUGCGGACAAGACCGCCAAGUUCUGGGAAUUCCAGGUCGUCCAAGAAGAAAUCCCCGGUACCAAACGCACAACACCACGCCUGAAGCUAGUGCACACAAGAACCUUGAAGGUCUCCGAUGAUAUUCUCAGCCUUCGUUUCUCACCGGAUGCGCGACUGCUUGCUGUUUCAUUGCUGGACAACACGGUCAAGGUGUUCUUCACGGACUCGUUAAAAUUGUUCCUCAAUCUCUACGGCCACAAGCUUCCCGUCCUGAGCAUGGACAUCUCUUAUGACAGCAAGUUGAUUGUCACCUGUUCCGCGGAUAAGAUGGUCCGUCUAUGGGGACUGGACUUCGGAGACUGCCACAAGGCCCUUCUGGCGCACGAGGACAGCAUCAUGGCAGUGGCGUUUGUUCCUAAUAAUAAAGAAGGGAACGGACACAACUUCUUCAGUGCCAGCAAGGACCGAGUCAUCAAGUACUGGGACGGGGACAAGUUUGAGCAGAUCCAGCGGCUGACCGGACACUUUGGAGAGAUCUGGGCGCUCGCCAUGAGCCAUUCUGGCGAAUUCAUCGUCAGUGCCAGCCACGACAAGAGUAUCCGCAUCUGGCAACAGACUGAUGAGCCGCUCUUCCUGGAGGAAGAGCGCGAGAAAGAAGAGGAAGAGGCGUACGAUGCCACCCUCACGGCGUCUCUGGAACAGGACGAAGAGGGCGAAGAUGGUGAGAAAGCUGAAGCAGUGGAUGCGGGCAAACAGACGACUGGCACACUCAUGGCCGGAGAAAAGAUCAUGGAAGCGCUGGACAUCGGCAUCGAGGAUCUCGCGGCCAUGCGUGAAUGGCGCCAGAUCAAAGCCGCUAAUCCCAACGCCGCAGCCGCACCCCCCGACCGCAACCCGCUCUACCUAGCGCUAGGCAACGUCUCCGCCGAGCAACACGUUCUGAACGUGGUCCAGAAAAUCCCAGCGGCAGCAUUGCAGGAUGCGCUCCUAGUGCUGCCCUUCUCCAAACUAGCCGCCCUCUUCACCUUCCUCAACAUCUGGGCUGAGCGUGAAUGGAACAUCGCGCUAACCUGCCGCGUGCUCUUUUUCAUGCUGAAGACCCACCACCGCCAGAUCGUCUCCAGUAAGAUGAUGCGGCCCAUGCUCGACGAUAUCCGGAAGACCCUGCGGAGGGUUCUGGCAAGGCAGAAGGAUGAAAUGGGCUUUAAUAUGUCCGCCCUGCAGUUUAUUGGUCUUCAGAUCCGUGAGCAGAGCAGCAAGGACUACGUUGAUGAGGAUACUUGGGAAGAGCAGCAGGUACAGAAGGGGUCUGGCAAGAAACGCCAGUUUGUCAGUGUGGCCUGA